GGCUCCAACACCACCAACACAGCCGGCCCAGGUACCGGCGAGAAGGAUGAGGCCUUUUCCAAACUGAAGGACAAGUUCAUGAAUGAGCUGAACAAAAUCCCAUUGCCAUCAUGGGCCAUUGUCUCUAUUGCCUUCGUGGCGAUCAUCCUGGUCUUAGCAUGCUGCUUCUGCAUCUGCAAAAAAUGCAUAUUCAAGAAGAAAAACAAAAAGAAGGGCAAAGACAAGGGCAAAAAUGCCAUCAACAUGAAGGAUGUCAAGGAUGGAGCCAAAAUCGAGGCCUUGAAGGAUGAGGAGGAUGCAGAGACAGGGCUGACUGAAAUGGAGAAGGAGCCUGAGCCCAAAGAGGACCAGAAACUGGGCAAAUUACAGUACUCCCUGGAUUACAAUUUCACAGAGAAUAUGCUCAUAGUGGGGAUCAUCCAGGCUGCAGAGCUGCCUGCUAUGGACAUGGGCGGCACAUCUGACCCAUAUGUCAAGGUCUACCUGCUGCCUGAUAAGAAGAAGAAGUUUGAGACCAAGGUGCACAGGAAGACCCUCAAUCCUGUCUUCAAUGAGCAGUUCACUUUCAAGGUCCCCUAUGUAGAGCUUGGUGGGAAGACGCUGAUAAUGACGGUCUAUGAUUUUGACCGCUUCUCCAAACACGAUGCCAUCGGUGACAUCAAGGUGCCCAUGAAUAAGGUAGACUUCAGCCACGUAACAGAGGAGUGGCGGGAUCUGCAGAGCGCUGAGAAGGAGGAGCAAGAGAAGCUGGGUGAUAUCUGCUUCUCUCUGAGAUACGUUCCCACUGCUGGCAAGCUGACCGUGGUCAUCCUCGAGGCCAAAAACCUCAAGAAAAUGGAUGUGGGAGGCUUGUCAGAUCCAUAUGCGAAGAUCCACCUGAUGCAAAACGGCAAGAGGCUGAAGAAGAAGAAGACGACAAUCAAGAAGAACACCCUCAACCCUUACUACAAUGAGUCCUUUAGCUUUGAGGUCCCCUUUGAACAAAUCCAGAAAGUGCAAAUUGUUAUAACUGUUCUGGACUAUGACAAGAUCGGCAAGAACGAUGCCAUCGGCAAAGUCUUUGUGGGCCUCAAUAGCUCAGGGACGGAGCUGCGCCACUGGUCCGACAUGCUGGCCAACCCCAGGAGACCCAUCGCUCAGUGGCACGUGCUGAAGCCUGAGGAGGAGGUGGACGCUCAGCUCUCCACCAAGAAAUAGACAGGGCCCUUUCAGCACCUGCCUUGUAGUACUCUUUAGCCAGUAUGUGUAAAUACCUCAGUGAUAUAUGGGUCCAUCCACAUCACCCCCCCCCCCCCCCCCCUCCUUCUCCU